AUGACAAGUUGGGAGGGAAAGACCUUGACCAAAACUCCAGUUGAUAUCCAAAGACGUGAUCACUCUGAAUAUACAUCUCCGAUUCCACAGCUUCCAAAAGCAGUUGGAAGUUUUGGCCAGAUCAAGAUGCUUGCAACUUAUGUAAUUGUUGUGAUCACAGUCCUUAAUAUCAUUAUGUAUAAGCUUAAACAAUAUCGUGAAGCACACUACUGCGAGGGUGAUAUACACUUACCGUCAUCCUCUGAAAAGCAGUGGCGUCUGUUUUCUAUUCAAGAGAUUCGAUUGGCUACUCGCAACUUUGAUGAUGAUUUAUUCCUAGGAAGAGGUGGAUUCGGCAGGGUGUACAAAGGCUUACUCGACGAUGUGGCCAUGAGCACAGUCGCAGUGAAGCGCUUGAAUUCUAAGUCCAGACAAGGGGCCAAGGAGUUCUGGACGGAGAUUGAGAUGCUUUCUAAUUUUCGACAUUGCCAUCUCGUGUCCCUGAUUGGUUAUUGUAGUGAGGAGCAGGAGAUGAUACUUGUUUAUGAGUACAUGCCUCAUGGUACACUCUCUGAACACUUGUAUAAAAAUAGCAGAAAUGGCCAUGUUGUCUCUCAGCCCCUGUCCUGGGAACGACGCUUGAAGAUAUGCAUUGGUGCAGCACGUGGAUUGGAUUACCUUCACACCGGCAAGCACAAAAGCAUCAUGCACCGCGAUGUGAAGAGCUCAAACAUCCUUUUGGAUGAGUAUUGGGAGGCAAAAGUUUCUGACUUUGGUUUGUCCAAAGUUGGCCCUGCGAAUCAAUCAUCUUCUCACGUGAGCACACACGUCAAAGGCACGCCAGGAUAUAUGGAUCCAGAGUAUUUCUUGACGCAUAGACUGACGAGGAAAUCUGAUGUAUAUUCAUUUGGAGUUGUUUUAUUUGAAGUGUUGUGUGGAAGGUGUGCUUUGGAUAUGAAAAUUGACGAGGACCAGCAAUCUCUAGCACGAUAUGCUCAUCGAUGCAUUCAGGAAGGAACCACAUAUCAGAUGAUUGAUUCGACUAUUAGAGGACAAAUCUCAAAAGACUGUCUAAAGGUGUUUUUAGAUAUUGGCGAUCAGUGCUUGAAUUAUCAGCAACGUAAGCGGCCUACAAUGGCUGAUGUCGUCGCAAAGCUUGAGCUUGCUAUGGAGUUACAAAAGAGAACAGUCUCUUCUGUGGACUACAUAUUUCUUGCAGCUACCAGAAGGGUUGGUGACAAUCAAGACAAUAACAAUAUUGUUGGGGUUCUUGACAAUCUUGAGGAUGAUACAGGUCUAGUUCUUUCCAACCAAGAGGAUGAUACUGGUGGGAUUGUCGAGAAUCAUAGAAAUCUGCCCCUUUUAAAGAAGAAAGACAAAGGUAUGUUAAAACUUGUUGCUCGAAAUAUGUUUAAGGCUAUAUUUGUAGUGGGAAGAGGUAAGAAAAAUUUAGCAAGACAGAAUACAGAUCAUGGCAGUCGUUUAAGGCCACCCAACCUGGAGCCAAUUAUAAAUGGGAGCACAAUAUCUGUUGAUUCUUCUUCAUCCUUAACCCGCUCUUUGUCAGCCGAAACCCAAAUCCCCCAGUUUUCAUUUCUAAAGAUUCAAGCUGCCACGAACUCUUUCCAUGCAGGCCUGGUUCUAACUCACGGCCGUCAAGGUAUGGUCUUUAAAGGUCAUCUUGACAGUGGAGAGGUCGUCAUAAAACAGUUGAUACUAACCAGACAAAGAAGAGGGUAUCUAUCUUUCCACAAUGAGAUUUUACGCUCUAAGAUCAAUUAUCUUCAUGUGCUACCAUUGAUCGGAUUUUGUUGCGAUUGUGAUGAUGUAUAUAGGCUCUAUCUGGUAUCCAAGUACAUGGCCAAUAACUCAUUAGAUUAUCAUCUUCACAACAACAACAAUAGUACUCCUCUGACAUGGAACUUGAGGCUCCAGAUAUGUAUUGGGGUUGCCAAGGGUUUGAACUACCUCCACAAGGGCAUAGCUAAUCACAUAAUAAUUCACGGCACACUGAAGCCAAACAAGAUCCUCUUAGAUGAGAACUGGAUACCUAAUAUAUGUGGAUAUGGUUUGUGGCGACUUGGAUCAUCGGUUAUUAAUACUGAUAAUUACUUGCGCUCUCAGGAAUUGAUCCCACCUUUCGAUUUCUGGGAAACAUGGGCGUACUUGUCUCCAGAGCAAAAGGCGGAGGAACGAUUGACUCCAAAAUCAGAUGUUUACUCACUGGGUAUUGUUCUCUUGAAUAUACUGUUUGAUUGGAGAGAAAUUAUAAUGAAUUUAGCUCGUCUUAAUAAUGCUGAGGUGAGUUUGUCUGCUUGGAUAAAAAACAACAUCAGAAAAAAAACUCUGAUAUUUUUCAUGUACCCAUAUCUUGCGGGGAAAGUAGCAUCAGAAUGUUUCGUUGAAAUAUUAGAUAUUGCUUUGCAUUGUUUGAUGCAAAAUAAAGAUGAUCGUCCAUCAAUGGAGGAUGUGAUGAAGAGGCUAGAGUCUGCACUUGAGUUUCAGAUGAAUCACACUUGGAAUUUUUUUGAUGAUGAGGUCAACCAGCUUGAGUGUACACUUCAGAUUCAAUUGCAAACGAAUUACAGUUGGAGGUUGGAUGUGGACGGCAAUGAUCAUAUUGAGACGAGCACGGGGAGCCUGAAUGAUGACGAGAAUGAGGACGAUGAUGAUAGGAUGAACAGUUGGAGCUCAAAUCAUGAUAAUACGCAGAUGAGCAUUCCAAAUUUCGAUUUUGACAGUAUGGAAUUUGCUAGAUAAGCAUAUUGGAUAAUUAACCAUGUCUCAGGGCUUGACUGAGAAUUUGUUCACACAAACUGAACAAAUUCGGAGAAGAAUUUUGUUGAAGCUCCUGAUAGAGCAGUCAAGGACACCGAGAGUAUGAGUAUUGGUCAGUUAAAGAGUUUGAACAACAAGAGUAAACUGGUAUGUAAUUAUAGACUUAUAGUAUCCUGGAACAGACGAUGCGCUUACAUGAAAGAUCAUUAGCCUUUCAGAUUUAGAUACUAUUGAAUGUAGUUGUGUAGUUACAAUUAGUAUAUGCUUGUCACAAUGAACUGAAAGUAUUGUUUCAAUCAGUGUAUUUGAACAAGUAAAUUCAGCAAAUUUAGUUUUGAAUCAGGCUAUUAUUAUUGGUUGUAGAUAUGUAUUCAAUUCGCGCUU